AUGUUUAUCACACGACCUCGUGAAAAGAAAAAUCCUCUCGCCGUCCAGCCGCGCAAGAAGCGCAAGGCCGACUAUGCCAUUGAGGAGAUCAAUUUUGACGACAGCGCCCGCUCCGACUACCUCACGGGCUUCCACAAGCGCAAGGUGCAGCGCCAGAAGCAGGCACAAGAGAUUGCCACAGAAAAAGCGCGCCAGGAGAAGAUCGCUUUCCGCAAAGAGGCAAGUAAACAGAGCCCGGGUGUCCCCAUUGACCCCAGCCCACAGUUGAAAGAGCAACGGCAAAAGGAUGUCGAGAAUCACGUCCGGCAAGUCAACGAGGCUCUGCGGCAAGCACGGCUGGCAGGCGGUGAGGAGGUGACGGACGAAGAGGAGGAGGGCGACGACGAAGAAUGGGGGGGCUUCUCGGGCGACGAAGAGACGCCCACGGCACCCGAGUUUGUUGACCACGAGGAGGAGUACAUUGACGAGGACAAAUACACCACGGUGACGGUCGAGGCUGUCGACAUUGACCGCGAGGGCAUGCACGCGCUGUCCGGGCGCCACACGAGCGACAGCGAAGAGAGCGAGGCUGGCAGCGACGAGGACGGCGACGGCGACGGCGCGACCAAAAAGAAAAGGUUCAAAAAGGGCGACCCUGCGGCAGCAGACGACAAGGACCAGAAAAAGAAGAAGGAGUGGCCAAAAAAGAAGAAGAAACAAUUCCGAUACGAAAGCAAGGCAGAACGGGCCCUUUCGAGAUCAAAGAACAAGAAGGGGAAACGGUCCUUCUAA